CCGCCAUCCUCCGUCCGCCGACCACCGAACUCACCUCCCCGCUCUCUCGAUCCAUCUCCGCUGAGCUCCGAGCUCGACGCCCAUGACACCCCCACGUCCUCCAACAGACGGCCGAGACGACACACAAGAUGUGUUUGUCGGUGCGCCACCUCCCUCCGUCACCACUAUCCAUGCACCCUUACCGCGGCGAAUGAGCAAACCCCCUCCUCCCCCCAUCUUUGUGCGCACAGCCACGGACGCGGGCGCCAGACCAGAUCUCUUCGACCAGGAGGACGACCGUGCCGAGGCGCAGGAAGCGGAGGACACAGUGCCGGACCUCAACGACCUUCCGCCAACACCGAACAAACGACACUCGCUCAACUUUGACCACCCCGUGACGCCGACGAGAAUGGAUGGGCAGCGCUCCCCCGCCUCGCCGUCAUGGGCGCCUCUCGAGAUGUCGCCGCAGGCCCAGCUGCGCGAGUUUGGCGCGUCGCCCCGCGCCCGCCCGCCGACAUGGCACCACAUGGACCGGCCGGCAAGCUGGCACCGCAACUCGCUCGAGGUGCCAGCAUUCUACGUCGCCCCCUCGCCGCAGGAGAAGCCUACACGCGCAUUCGAGCCCACGCCCCAGCACGGCUUGCACGCCCGCAACCUCUCAGCUUACUUCCCCCACCCCGGCGUCCCGGCGCGCGCGCCCAGCCCUACGCCCGCCCAGCCCGCCGGAGACAGCGUCAUCCCUGAUGCGGACAAGAGCGCCUUUGGCGCAGGCGCAGACUAUGCCGCCCCGCCGCCGGUGGAGGAGGCGACCGAACGGCCGCGCACCAGCAAGCGUCGCGGACACCACCACCGGCACUCGCUGUCUCACAACUUUUUCUCGUUUCUCGACCCGACGCAGACCAACCCCCAUGCGGCUACGCCUCCAUCUGACGCCGGGCCGACGAUCCCCAUCAACCUCAGCCCCGCGGACGACAAGCCGCACCCCGUGCCGAUGGAUGUCGCGUCGUCGCCCGCCACUCUCUCCCCGCUGCCGCCGGGCAAAAAGGAUCCGCAGGCACAGGCGCUUGUGUCAUUCGCCGUGAUCGAGGCCGUGCUCGGCGUCGGCUUGUGGGUUGAGGGCCAGAUGUCCGGCUGGCGCUGCCUCACCGCGGUCGGCUACCUCGUCGUCUUUGACGCCAUGGGAAUGGGUGUCAAUCUCUUUGCGCGGACAGACCGUCUUGGCUGGCGCAGCCUGCGGAGACCGUAUGGCUCGUCACGCGUCACCUCGAUGCUCUGCUUCUCGCAAUCAGUGUUCUUGAUAUUCGCGGCCGUGUACAUCGCCAAGGAGGCUGUGGAGCAGGUUGUCCUCGGCGCCAGCGCGCACGACCAUGCGGCCGCGUCGGGCCACAGCCACGGUCACCACGACCACGGGUCGGGAGACGAGCGACCCUUCCCGCAGCUCCUUCUACUUCUCGCCUCAGUAGCGACUCUCUUCUCUGGCGCAGUGCUUGCGAACCACUCGAGACUCGUCGACGCUACGGGCCCACUCUUUCUCCCACCAUGGUACCUCGCCAACUCAGUGGUGCGGGACAACGGUUUCCUAUCCAACCCAUUCACGUUGUCCAUCGCGGGCACGUGUGCACUGCUCUUCCUCGCGUCGCUUGUGGUGCCCACAGCAUCGCUCAGCUCGCUAGACGCCAUCGCCUCGCUCGUGCUCGCAUUCCUGACCGCUUCGCUCGCACACCCUCCAGCGGUCGCGUUCGCGCACGUCCUUCUCCAAACGGCGCCACCCGCAUCGUCUUCCCAAAUGAAGGCGCUGCGCCGUGCGCUGCGCGACGUAGCAGACGACCGUCGGGUGCUCGGCCUGGGCACGCUGCGCUGCUGGACGAUCAACGCCGGUAAGAUGGAACCAGAGGCGAUGACGACAUCGUCGGCGCCCCCUUCGCGCCGCGGAUCAUUCACCGCGAUCCGGCCGUCGGUAUCGACCAUCUCGCCGUCGACGCAGGCGUUCACCGACUCGCCGCGGGCGAGCCAGGACAUUGUCGCGCAGCUCACGCGUGAGGGCGACACGGACGCGCCCCUCGUCGUCACUCUCGUCGUGCAUGUGCAUCCGGAGACGAGCGACAGCGAGAUUCUCGAGGUCACGCGCGUCAGCUGGUCCAAGCUUAGCAGCGCGAUCAGCUGUCGGCAGAGCGCGGGCGAGGUGAGCGUGCAGGUGCGGCGGGGGUGGGAGGGUGCGCAGUAGUGCGGGGCGAGAGAGGGUGGCGUUAAUCUAUGUGGUGGUGGUGGUUGUUCAUGAGCUCUGGUGCUGUUGCAUUUGUG